UUAUAGAAGCUUAAUAAAAAAAGAAUCUGAGACAAAUAAAUAAAAACAUAGAAUACUUUAGUCCAAUAGAAAACUAGUGAAUCAUAGACAAGUUAAACAAAGAAAAUAACCUAGCCAAAGACAAACAUCAGAAGUAACGAAGUGAAUCACAGAUAAAAAAAAGUCUGAAUUAUUAAGUCAAGUGAAGAACGAUGUGCUAGCCACAGAUUAAAUUAAAACUGACAGAUGUGUUAGUGAUUGCGUAAAGGUUUUAUAAUGGCCACUCCACCGGACUCGCCUGUAGAGGAACAUGCCUAUGAAUUGGAGCCGUCUAGAACGCCGAAACCGAUACCGGUUGCAUUGGAGGAGCUAUGUAGACAGACGAAAUUUACAAAACAGGAGAUUAGGGUCAUGUAUCGGGGAUUCAAAACGGAAUGCCCGGAAGGGGUGGUUCACGAAGACUCCUUCAAGGACAUUUACGCCAAGUUUUUUCCACAUGGAAACUCAGCGUUGUACGCACACUAUGUGUUCAAAGCCUUCGACGUGAACUGCAGUGGAGCCAUCAGUUUUAGGGAGUUGUUGGUAACGCUGUCUACGUUGCUGCGCGGGUCGGUCUACGAGCGCCUGCGCUGGGCGUUCCGGCUUUACGACGUGGAUGGUGACGGCGCCAUCACGAGGCAAGAGCUGGCCGAAGUGGUGGUGGCGGUACACGAGCUGCUGGGAAGGCGAGCACCGCCUGGUUCACCCGCCUCCAGGGUAGACGACGCUAAGGCUAACGAGCAGGUGGACCGCGUAUUCAGGAAGCUGGACCUGAAUCAAGACGGUGUGAUAACGAUCGAGGAGUUCCUAGAGUCGUGCCUAAAAGACGACGUGAUUACGCGCUCGCUGCAGAUGUUUGACACAGUGCUAUGACGGCAGAUCGACGUGGACUCCAGGGUCGUAGUAAAGCGUACAUACCACCACGCGUGCCACUGCCACGGCCUUUACAAUAUGGCGGCUGCGUGGUUUUCCCGCGCGAACUGCGUGCGUUACGCGGCGACCAUAGACAACUUCUACCGGCGCGUUCUGAAACCGAGGAUAAGGAGCGUACUGUUUUUCCAUUUCUAAACUUUUUAUUGUUAGCGUGUUGUA